AUGGGCAAGGCGUUUGGGCUCCUGGGACAAACCUGUCAGUCAAACCUGGCUGAGUCUCCACGGUCCCCAGCAGAUCCUGUUGGAAAGAAGGAAGCAGACAGCAACAUGAAGAGGAAGGGAGAGCAGCCCGGAGCGCGUCCUGGGGCCUGGGAAUACCCUCAUGGCCUGGUUGGUUUACACAACAUUGGACAGACCUGCUGCCUUAACUCCUUAAUUCAGGUGUUUGUAAUGAACCGGGACUUCACCAGGAUACUGAAGAGGAUCACGGUGCCCAGGGAAGCUGACGAGCAGAGGAGAAGUGUCCCUUUCCAGCUGCUUCUGCUGUUGGAGAAGAUGCAGGACAGCCGGCAGAAAGCAGUGCGGCCCCUGGAGCUGGCCUACUGCCUGCAAAAGUACAACGUGCCCCGUACCAGGGCAUCAGAAGCGACUCUGAAGACCUCACUAAUGGGCUGUUCCUUUAUUCUGUGGCCAGUGUUUGUCCAACAUGAUGCUGCCCAGCUCUACCUCAAAAUCUGGAACCUGAUUAAGGACCAGAUCGCUGAUGUGGACUUGGCGGGGAGGCUGCAGGCCCUGUAUAUGAUCCGGAUGAAGGACUCUUUGAUUUGCCUUGACUGUGCCGUGGAGAGAAGCAGAAACAGCAGCAUGCUGACCCUCCCACUUUCUCUUUUCGAUGUGGACUCAAGGCCCCUGAAGACGUUGGAGGAUGCCCUGCACUACUUCUUCCAGCCCAGGGAGUUAUCGAGCAAAAGCACAUGCUUCUGUGACAACUGUGGGAAGAAGACUCGUGGGAAACAGGUCUUGAAGCUGACCCAUUUGCCCCAGACCCUGACAAUCCACCUCAUGCGAUUCUCCAUCAGGAAUUCACAGACGAGAAAGAUCUGCCACUCUCUGUACUUCCCCCAGAUCCUGGAUUUCAGCCAGGUGCUUCCGAUGGAGCGAGAGAUCUGUGAUGCUGAGGAGCAGCGCUUUCUAUUUCUACCUGCACAUUCUGCCUGAUGAAGUAUAUUUAAAACUGUUUUUCUCUUCAAAAAGACUUUUUUUUGGGUGCAGUGGGUCAUGCCUGUAACCCCAGCUCUUAGGGAGGCCACGAGGAUUGCUUGAGUCCAGUAGUUUGAGCCCAGCUGGGCAACAAAGCGAGACUCCGUCUUUGCAACAACAAAAGCUUCACUAUGGAACCUGUGAAUAUAUUCCAGGGUGUCUAGUGAGGAGUUAGACAGCGAGUCCUCAGCUGCAGCCGUUACAAAACUCACGGCGGGUCCUGCUCUCACUAUCAACCACCCUCUUGUCUCAUCCAACCCUGUGCUGGAUUUUUUGAUGCAAAUCCCAGAUGCCAUCCUGCUUUAUUCGUAAACACUUCAUUACGGAUCCCUAAAGAAUAAGCACUAAAGACACAACCAGCUCCAUCUGGUAAUCCCUUGAGAGCAUCAAAUAUCUGGUCAACGUGCAGACGUCCCGACUGUCCUAGAAUCGAUGUGGUUUGUUUGAAUCUAGAUCCAAACAGAGCCUACACUUGCAUUUGGUUAAGUUCCUUUCUUUUCUUGAUUAAGUUCCCUUUAGGUUUCUGUGGCUUUUCUUUUCCUUGCAGUUGAUUUGGUUGAAGACGUCUUAAAUAUGCUAGAACUGGCUGGCUGGUGUCAUUCAGUGUGUUAAUCUAACCCUUUUAUUUCUUGUAAGCUAAUAUUCAGGUACAGAUAUCACCAGCGUUUUAUAAAGUCCCGCACAAGGUCCGCAAAUGGAAAUAGGGGAUAACUGGAGCCUGCACUGUGGGUGACUCAGCUUUGCAUGUGACGCCCUUGCCCUCUGUCUCCCCUCCCACUACAAAGAGCCUUUUGGCUACGGUGGCUCAGGUUACAGACACUCCUGGGCUUGUGGAGAAACAGAACUGUGUUCUGAUGACCCCCACCCCUCCCAGGGGGAGGUUCUAAUCUUGCCUGGCUUUGGGGGCUCUCCAUGACCUCCUGGCUUCCAUCUCCCAUGUGCUCUGCUCUGCCAAGCUGCAGUUCAGGAUCCACACUCAGGAAAGCCCCUCCUGGAAGGUGCCCGCCGGCCGUGGGGCGGGGCUGUUGUCUAGUAUUCUGAAGUCCCAUAGUCGGGCCCAGGGUGGGCAGGUAUAAAUGUGUGAGGCAGUUGUGUUUGUGGUGGCGGGUGAAGUGUCUCGUGCCUGUGUCUUUCCAGCCUGGAGGGCAGUAUGAGCUCUUCGCUGUGGUUGCGCACGUGGGAAGUGCGGACGCCGGUCAUUACUGCGCGUACAUCCGGAACGCUGUGGACGGAAGAUGGUUCUGCUUCAAUGACUCCAACAUUUGCCCGGUGAGAAACA